AUGAAUCAUGGAGUUUUUCAACAUAAGUUUGACAAAUAAAAAUAGAGAACUAUUACUUUGAUACAGAAGUUAGAAAAAGACCAAAGAUAAUUAGAUAAAAUAAAAUAGAGAAAUAUUCUGAGGGUUGAACGUUUGAUGUCUCUGAAUUAGAAAGAUUUAAAUACCGUCUGCAACUCAAGUUUAUCAACAGACCAUAAAAAUGAAAUAAAAUUUAGUUUACAAAGUCGAAAAAAUACAUUUUAAAUCAAAUUAGAAUCCUUGGAGGAAAGUUUUGUUUUCCAGAAAAUAGAUACGAAUAAUCAAAGUAGGAAUUAUUGGUACUGA